ACUCUACGUGCAGGUUUCGACGGCGUGGAGAUUCACGGGGCCCACGGUUACCUGAUAGACCAGUUUCUCAAAGACGGCAUCAACGACCGGUCCGACCGUUACGGCGGUCCGCUACAGAACCGUAUCCGGUUCCUCGUCGAACUUGUCCGAUCCGUGACCUCUGCCGUUGGGCCGGGCAGAGUGGGCGUCCGAAUAUCCCCAGCCAUUGACCAUCUCGAGGCCCAUGACUCCGAUCCCCUUUCCCUCGGCCUUGCCGUUGCCAAGAACCUCAAUGCGAUACAGAAUACCGCCGGUGAGAAGCUCGGGGCUGUGGGCGGCGGUGCCGCAGACCUGGUGUCUUAUGGCCGGCUCUUUAUCUCUAACCCGGAUCUGCCGAAGCGGUUUAGGCUGAAUGCCGGUCUGAACCGGUAUGUAAGAUCGACUUUCUACACGCAGGAUCCAGUGGUUGGGUUUACGGACUAUCCUUUCAUGGAAGAAGAACGAGCCCAAUCUCGACUGUGAAAAAAUGACGCUGGAAUGUCAUGAGUGGCGUGCUUCUGGAAUUUUCUAUUUAGCGUUUGGAGUAGAAAUAAUGUUAAUCUGUUGGGCUUCGGGAAUAUUAUUGAGCAAAAAAAAAGAAAAAAAUAAACCAAAAACAUAGCCAUUGAUAUUAUUAUUAGCAUU